GCAAUGACAGAAGGUAGCACAAUUUGAAAAGAAAUACUUCAUGUUACCAAGAUGUCCAUGGCAUGGAUCUCUGCUCUGCUGCUGCUACAACUGAGUUGUUAUUUCAACUCUGGGAGCUGUGGAAAGGUGCUGGUGUGGCCGAUGGAAUACAGCCACUGGAUGAGCAUGAAGAAUAUAAUAGAGGAACUUAUCCAGAGGGGACAUGAGGUGACAGUCCUGAGACCUUCAAGUUUCAUUUUUGUUGAUGUGAAUUCAUCAUCUGGAAUUAAAUUUGAAACAUUUCCUUCAUCUGUCAGUAGAGAGCAACUGGAAGAAUUUUAUUCUCAGUUGCUCACUAAGUUGAUUAAUAUUGGGUCAAUAGAUUCAUGUUUAUUUUGUUUUCUAAACUCAGAUGACUUUUCUAAAGCUUUUUCUGACAAUGUUCACUUUUUCUGUAAAGAAGCAGUCUCAAACAAGAAGCUUAUGACAAAACUCCACGAAUCAAGAUUUGAUGUCCUUCUUGCAGAUCCCAUUGCUCCCUGUGGUGAGCUGCUGGCUGAGCUUCUAAAAAUACCUUUUGUGUACAGUCUCCGCUUCUCUCCUGGCUUCCAAGUGGAAAAACAUGGUGGAGGGCUUAUAGUUCCUCCUUCUUAUGUACCUACUAUGCUUUUAGGACUAGGUGGUCAAAUGAGUUUCAUUGAGAGGGUAAAAAAUAUGAUAGGUAUGCUUUUAUUUGAAGGUUGGUUUGAAAUAUUUAAUGAGAAAAAUUGGAAUCAAUUUUACAGUGAAACUUUAGGAAAACGCACAACAUUAUAUGAGACAAUGGCAAAGGCAGAAAUGUGGCUCAUUCGAAGCUACUGGGAUUUGGAAUUCCCUCGGCCCAGCUUACCAAAUUUUGAUUUUGUGGGAGGACUCCACUGCAAACCUGCCAAACCUCUGCCUAAGGAAAUGGAAGACUUUGUGCAGAGCUCUGGGGAACAUGGUGUCGUGGUGUUUUCUCUGGGGUCCAUGAUCAGCAGCAUGACAGAAGAAAGGGCCAAUGCAAUUGCUUCAGCCCUUGCACAGAUUCCACAAAAGGUUCUUUGGAGAUUUGAUGGCAACAAACCAGAUACCUUAGGACCCAAUACUCAAUUGUACAAGUGGCUUCCUCAGAAUGACCUACUUGGUCAUCCAAAAACGAGAGCUUUUGUCACUCAUGGUGGAGCCAACGGUGUUUACGAGGCGAUCUACCAUGGGAUCCCUAUGGUGGGCAUUCCUUUGUUUGGGGAACAGUAUGAUAACAUUGCUAACAUGGUGGCUAAAGGAGCAGCUGUCAAAGUGAAUUUCAUUACAAUAACAAGUACAGAAUUGCUAAAUGCACUGAAGACGGUCCUUAACAGCCCUUUUUAUAAGGAGAAUGCUAUGUGGUUGUCAACUAUUCACCAUGAUCAGCCCAUGAAGCCCCUGGACCGAGCAGCCUUCUGGAUAGAGUUUGUCAUGCGCCACAAAGGGGCCAAGCACCUGAGGCCACUUGCCCAGAACCUCACCUGGUACCAGUACCACUCACUGGAUGUGAUUGGGUUCCUACUGGCUGGUGUGGUGAUCAUUACUUUCCUUGUCAUAAAAUGUUGCCUGAUUUGUUCUCGAAAUUUUGUGAAGAUGGUAAAGAAGCAAAAGAGGGAGUAAAACUCCUUCAGAUUUAAUGUGUUACAAGUGAGGCAAUUUCAUUUAAGUCAACCACCAUGGAUUAAAACAUUACAAAGAUGAUCCUCCAUAUUUUACAACACCUUUGCUUUCUUGAUUUACAUAUAUAUUGUAAUCCUGUUUAAGGAAUAUGUAAUUCUAAUUGCAGAACUCCUAUGAUAAUUGUACUUGACUAUUGACAUGUACAUUACCAUAAAUAUUUUAAUAAAUGAGACUCACUGAAGCCACAUGUGGGAGGUCUCACCAGGAGUGAAUGAUGAAACUGAAGGAUGAAACUGAGGGACAAAAGGGGAUAGGCUCUGUGGGAAUUGAGUGGUUAAAAUAAGAGUCAAAAGUACACCAAUAACUAUAUGGAUAGGCAAAACACAGACAGGCUGUGUGAGGGACGAAUUGUUAAAUUGGACAAAAUCACACAGGCCUUAUGAAAAUCAAAUGGGUAAAAAAGCAAGAAGUUUAGAUUUGUAAGUAUGUUUUGUAGUACUCCACUGUAUGAAAAAAAAAUGACAUAUUGGCUGUUUCCAAGAUUCAGCUAUUAUUGACUCGGCUUCCAUAAACACUGUUGCACAUAUAAUGCUAUGCUUUGAUGUUUUUAAUUUUUUGGGGGAAGA